AUGGAUGUCUAUUUCACCACAUUUUGGCGAUUCUUGCCUUCCAUUCUCGAGGAGAUCUCCGACGCCGAGUAUGUUGCCAUUGACUUUGAGAUGACUGGCAUCAAGCUUCGGACUGCAGACAAGCAUUACAGAGCUACUACUCAAGAGGAAAUAUACCAGCAAAGAAUGGUCGACCGCUUGCUGGUGGUCUCUUAUUCCUCACUCCUUUUCUUGAAGUACAACGGAAAUCGGCUGGAGGAUUCAUAUUUUGAUGGCAUCCCCUAUCUCAGCCGCGAGGACGAAACGAAUACCAGUAAUGCGUUCCUCUGUAUGGACAAAGACCCUAGCAGAGACGAUAUCGAUCUUGAGAUUCAAGAUGAAGAAACCAAAGCUUUCUAUAACGAAACUAAAAGGCUUGUCAGACUCUGGGACGAGGACCCCGAAGGCGAUAAUUAUCUCAACGUUUCCAACCCGUAUGGAGACCGCAUCAACCGGUUUCAGCAACGCCUGGUGCAUCAAUUGCUACACAAUGAGUUUCCUGGAAAGUUCCGGGGCUACUGCAAGUUCAACACAUUCAUGCAGAUUUCGAAAGUACAGGACCAGGCUGAUAUGAAAUUGGUUGGGGGUGACUUUGCCAUGGAUGCUGCAGACGUUGCUGAGCUAGAUGACGAUGCCACAAGCCGCAACAGCCUGAGGACCCAACUAAAACGCUGCGAGUGGAAGUUAAAGCAGCGGCAACCAGUGCUUGUCGGCCACAAUAUGCUUGUAGAUCUCUGCUUCCUGUACCGGACAUUCUUUGAAACACUGCCUGAAAAUUUAUCAGACUUUAGCCACAAGAUCCACGAGCUUUUCCCCCGGAUCGUCGACACAAAAAAUCUUGUGGCUCGAGGCGGACACGAUAUGCACACGGUAAACAAUCUUCAACAACUAAGUACAGAAGCAAACAAGCUGCGCAAGCCAGUGAUUUUGCGUUCACACCAACGGGGCCGUACCGGUUACAAGGACGAUAGUGCUCAUCAUGCGGGGCGAAGAAACGGCACCGUCUUCGCCCACACCAGCUUCCAGUCGCCGCAAAACUUGUCCGAGAUUGCCUCCCUGGGAAAGUGA